AUGUCGGAAAAUCGUUUUGUAAAUCGCACUCUCGCAGAGCUUCAAGAAGUCAAUCGCAAUCCAAUAUUUGGUUAUGAAGAUUCACCCAUUCUAACAUUAGAAGAAUCUGUAGAAAAUCUAACGCGGUUCGUUCCCGAUGUCUUAGCUUAUGUUAUGACAGCGAAAAGGAAAUAUAAUCGACAUUCAGGUUUAUUAACGCACGAUGAAUCAGCAGCAAUAUAUCUUUACUCGAUGCCAUCAUCUUUUUUUUCUUCUCUUAACAACAUACUUCGAGCUGAAAAUCGACAUGCACUUAAGCCAUGGUUUUCUUACUUAAAAUUGUUGAUGACAGCUCUCAAGAAAUUACCAUCAACUAAGGCAGUUGUCUGGAGAGGCGUUUACGGUGAUGUCAGUUCAAUAUUUGCUAACAAUAAUAUCGAUAUAUGGUGGAGUGUAAAUUCAACUUCGAUGGAUCUGAAAGUUGUUGAACCAUUUCUAGGCGAACGAAGCACUUUGUUCGCUAUUGAAGCUAUAUAUGGCAAAGAUAUCUCCCAAUUUUCAGCAAUUCCAGAAGAGAAAGAAGUUAUUCUGAUGCCUGGAACUUGUGUGCGAGCCAGGGCCGAACCACUCAAUGUCGAUAAUCGUUUCUUCGUUGUCCACCUGGAUGAAGUAACUCUUCAAAGUGAAUCACAAUCUGAGUCAAACCAUCUAUUUGAAUGGAUAAAACAAGAAUACAAACGAAAUGGUUAUAUUGAACGUCUGAUGAAUCCAGCAAAAUUCUAUCCAAUUGAAGAGAGUUACAUUAAUUUAGCCAUCGUCGAAACUAAAAAACAACAACAAAAAGAAAAACAACUUCGUGAUGCUUCUAACAGUGAUGCUGUUAUGGGAAGUUUUGAAGAAAUCUAUGGGAUAAAAUCUACAAUAGAUGUCAAAAACAUUUUUGAACCAUGCAAAAAUCAAGAGAAAAAAGUGUUGGUGUUCGGACGUGCUGGAAUCGGAAAAUCCACAUUUUGCCGAUAUAUUGCGUAUCAAUGGGCAAUGAGUUUAUAUUGGACACAGUAUGAGUUAUUGGCUUUGAUUCCACUGCGUCGAUUAACAACUAAUCGAUAUCCUCCUUUACCAAACGGUCAGAACUAUUCUUUGCUUGAUCUUGUGAAAAAAGAAAUUUUUUCAUAUGAUCUAUCCGACAGUGAAGACAAACUUCUAAAAAAACACUUUGAUGCAAAAAAGACUGUAUGGAUUUUGGAUGGAUAUGAUGAAAUUGUACAAAAUGUACCUUUGCAUUUGGAAUGCUUAUUCGAACAAUUACUUAAAACUCCACAUCAUAUUUUGACAUCUCGUCCAUAUCAAAAUGUAUUAGCCUAUCAUGUACAAAUGGAAAUCACAGGUUUUACAGACAAAAAUAUCGAACAGUAUGUGAAGCAAUUCUUUGAUCAAAUGAAUGAUGAAUUAGACAAUUCUUCGAACAAAAGUCAAAAACUAUUCGGAUUCUUGCAGUCGAAUCGAUCUAUCUGGGGUGUUGCACAUAUUCCAGUGAAUCUAGAACUGAUAUGCAGUGUUUGGAGUAACGAAGAUCUUAUAGAAAAAAAAGGAUUAACAAUGACAUCAUUGUAUAUAGUGAUGACAGAGUGGUUAUGUCGACGAUAUUUAUCAAUGCCAAAUAAAAAAAUUCAAAAUUUAUCUAAAGACGACGUUAAUCAGCGCUGUGAAAAGGAAUUGGCAUUCUUAGAAAAUAUAGCCUUUAAUGGAAUGAAGAAUAACACUAUAAUUCUACGACCAAAUCUACUAAGGAAAGCACUAAAUGAAGAAAACGUUUCUUUACAUGACCAUCCGCAUAUACUCAAUAUGGGAGUUCUCAAAAGUUUUAAUAAACAAGGUAUCGAUACUCAAAUUGAAACAGAUAAAGAUUAUUAUUUUGUGCACCUCAGUUUUCAGGAAUAUUUUACAGCACGGUAUUUGAUUAAAGCUCUCAAAGAAUCUUCUACUCACCAAGAAGAAAUCAAGUUUAUUCAGCGAGAAAAAUAUAAUCAACGUUAUGCAUUAGUAUUUACUUUUCUAUCCGGUCUAUCCACUGAUGCUGAUACAAACAUAAAUUUAAACAUCUUUUGGGAAUUUAUAUUAACACCACCGAUCGAUCUUAUUGGGAUAAGACAUAUGCAACUUGUUAUUUCAUGCAUUGAAGAGACAUCAAGUCAAUUGACUAUUCCCCAACACACUUUACUGAUAGAAUGGAUAGCAAAAUGCAUCGAGCAUAACAUGUCCACAGAAAACCAAAUUAUUCGUCAGUGUCUUGCACAAUCAUUGAGAAGAGCACCAUCGGUAAUAAACAAUCAAAGAAUUAUAAAUGCAUUUAUCCGUGUACUUCAAACGAAUGAUUCAAAUAUCAAAAUGUCAGUGCUCUCAUUCAUUUCUGCAAUGAACAGCUCAAAUCUAGCGGUUCCACUAAUUAAUUUAGUGACUAUCGCUCUAAACGAUAAAGACGAGAUGGUCCGAUGCUAUGCAUGCCAAGCUCUCGAGGAUAUCGGUGAAAAGGCAUCGACGAAUGAAAUAAUCACUAAAUUAGUCAAGGCAUUAGAAGACGAAAGUUCUCUUGUCAAAGCCAGCGCCUGCCAAACUCUCGGAUAUAUAGGUAAAAAAGCAACGACUAAUGAAGUAAUCACUGGACUAAUUAGUGCAUUAGAACAUGAGAGUAAAUGGGUUAGAUGGUAUGCAUGUCACGUUCUCCAAAAUAUAGGUGAAAAAGCAGCGACGAAUGAAGUGAUCACUAAACUGGUUAGUGCAUUAGAAGAUAAAAGUGACAAUGUUAGAGCCGGUGCAUGUCAAGCGCUCGGAAACAUGCGCGAAAAAGCAGCGACGAAUGAAGUGAUCACUAAACUAGUUAGUGCAUUGGAAGAUAAAAGUGACGAUGUCCAAGCCGGUGCAUGUCAAACUCUCGAAAAUAUAGGUAAAAAAGCAGCCACGAAUGAAGUGAUCACUAAACUCGUUACUGCAUCACAGAGUAGGAGUGAAACAGUCAGUUGGAGCGCUCGUAAAGCACUCUCGAAUAUAGCUGAAAAAGCAGCGAUAAAUGACGUAAUCACUCCACUAGUUAGUGCAUUAAAAGAUAAAUCUCACAGUGUCAGAGCCGGAGCAUGCCAAGCGCUCGGAAAUAUGGGUGAAAAAGCAGCGACGAAUGAAGUGAUCGCUAAACUAUCAAGUGCGUUAGACGAUGAAAGUAAAUGGGUCAGGGGGGAGGCAUGCAAAGCGCUCGGGAAUAUGGGUGAAAAAGCCGCGGUGAAUGAAGUGAUUACUAAACUGGCUAGUGCGUUAGAAGAUGAGAGUGACAUUAUCAGAUCAAGUGCACGCAAAGCUAUCCGGAAUAUGGGUGAAAAAGCAGCGACGAAUGAAGUGAUCAUGAAACUGGUUAGUGCGUUAGAAGACGAGAAUGACACUAUCAGAGCAAGUGCAUGCAAAACUCUCCGGAGUAUGGGUAAAAAAGCAGCGACAAAUGAAGUAAUCACGAAACUGGUUAGUGCAUUACAAGAUAAAUGUGAGAAUGUCAGAGCCGGUGCAUGUCAAGUUCUCGGGAAUAUGGAUGAAAAAGCAGCGACGAAUGAAGUGAUCAUUAAACUGGUUAGCGCGUUAGAAGAUGAAACUGAAUGGGUCAGAGAGGAAGCGUGCAAAGCUCUCGGAAAUAUGGGUGAAAAAGCAACGACCAAUGAAGUGAUCACUACACUGGUUAGUGCAUUAGAAGAUAAAAGUGACAAUGUCAAAGCCGGUGCAUGCGAAGUUCUCUGGAGUAUAGGUGAGAAAGCAGCCACGAUUGAAGUGAUGAUUAAACUGGUUACUGCAUCACAAGAUAGGAGUGACAAAGUCAGUAGAAGCGCCCAGUAUGCACUCCGAAAUAUAGCUGAAAAAGCAGCGAUAACUGAUGUGGUCACUAAGUUGGUUAGUGCAUUAGAAGAUAAAUGUAGCAGUGUCAGAGCUGGUGCAUGCCAAGGUCUCGGGACUAUCGGUAAAAAAGCAGCAACAGAUGAAGUAAUUACUAAAUUGGCUAAUGCAUUAGAAGAUGAGAACGAACAGGUCAGAGCCAGUGCAUGCUAUGCUCUCAGAUGUAUAGGUGAAAAAGCAGCGACGAAUGGAGUAAUCACUAAACUGGCUAGUGCAUUAGAAGAUAAAUGUGACAGUGUCAGAGCCGGUGCAUGUCAAGCUCUCAGAAAGAUGCGCGAAAAAGCAGGGACGAAUCAAGUGAUCACUAAACUGAUUAGUGCAUUAGAAGAUGAGAAUGAAUUAGUCAGAGUCAGUGCAUGUGAAGCUCUCGGGAGUAUGGAUGAAAAAGCAGCGAUAAAUGAUGUGAUCACUAAACUGGUUAGUGCAUUAGAAGAUAAAUGUGAGAAUGUCAGAGCCGGUGCAUUCAAAGCUCUCUGGAGUAUAGCUACAAAAGCAGGGACGAAUGAAGUGAUCACUAAACUGGCUAGUGCGUUAAAAGAUGAGAGUGACACUAUUAGAUCAAAUGCAUGCAUUAUUCUUGCAAGUAUGGGUAAAAAAGCAGCGACGACUGAAGUGAUCACUAAACUAUCUAGUGCAUUAGAAGAUGAGAGUAAAAAGGUCAGGGAGGCGGCAUGCAUAGCGCUCGGGAAUAUAGGUGAAAAAGCAGCGACGAAUGAAGUGAUCACUAAACUAGUUAGUGUGCUAGAAGAUAAAUGUGAGAAUGUCAGGAGCUGUGCAUGGAAAGCUCUUUUGAAUAUAGAUAAAAAGACAGCGACAAAUGGAAAGAUUGCUAAACUGGUUAGUGCAUUAGAUGAUGAGAGUGAAGGAGUCAGAGUCAAUGCAUGCGACGCUCUCGGAAAAAUGGGUGAAAAAGCAGCGACGAAAGAAGUGUUCACUAAGCUUCUGAAUAUGCGUGAUGCUGAUGAGCAAUUGCCUAUUCAAGCUGGAAAUGCUAUAGAUGGUAUUUUCCGUUCGUCGGCCGAAAUGAUUCGUUUUGGUCCAAUGUUAGUCUCAAAACUUUGGGUGUGUGGGAGACAAUUAACGUGCUUGAAAAAUGUCUCAGUGGAUGAAUUAAUCAGAAAAUUUUUUGAUACUCAAGAUGCUGACUGGUUGUUGACGGCGACCAAUAUAACAUUCGAGAAGGGUGCAGCUGUAUGGAUCAAUGAAGAUAAAUUGAUGGUGUAUGAUAAUGGUGAACCAAUUGAACUACGUGUUCCAAAUCUGAAACUACAUAACGAACUUACUGAAACUUUUACUAAUAAAGCAAAAGCACUGCACUUAUCUUUUGCGAUAUCGUCAAAUCUGUGA